AUGCUACAGAUGAUGGUGCCUGAGGUUUUGGAGUCACUUCAUGUUGUUCACGCAGUAAGAAGAGGUAGAUAAGUCGAUCGACAGAGAAGAUGAGUUGGUUGAAGAGCUUAGUAGGUCUUCAGCUUGUGACGCUCUUCCUGAGCGUUUCCCUCGUCUUUCCUGCGGCCAAGGGUGCCGAAAUGGAGAUGAAACCAUCAUCGGAACAUCCCGUCGCGCUGCCACCGGUUCCGCCGCCGAUGAUAGCACCCGCAGCGCCUCCGAUCUUCACCAUCGCGGCUGAAGGCGUCAUCUACUGCAGGUGCAAGCUCCCGCGCUACUCAAAGGCCGUCGAUGGCGCCCCUCUUCCAGGUGCGGUGGUGCUGCUGAAGUGCGGCAGCCAGCGCACGGUGUGGGCAGCUAAAGGAAGGACCGACACCCAUGGCUACUUCUACCUGCAGACACAACUGAAGUACAAGCCGCUGUCGCGCACCUGCAGGGUGUUUGUGCUGUGGUCGCCGGUAGGCCCGUGCCAGGUGCCGCGGCGGUAUGGGCUGAAAGGACCAGGAGCUUCUCUGAUGUUUGAGAGGAAGCUGAGCGACGGGUACAACACCAUUGCUCUCUACACCGCAGGCUUCUUCGAGUUCGGCCCGGUGAAAUCGAGCAAGUGCUAUCUCCCCUAUUGAUGCACGAUCACUACUAGUCUAGCACUGAUGGUAGUCGUUUGAUGAGAGGAGAAUAGCCAUGAAUAAAGGUUUAGUGUGGAGUAGUACCUUGUUUGUGGGAUGAAGUGGGGCGUGUAGCUUUCAGCUUUCUGAUGUUAGUGUCGGUGAAUCAAAUAAGUAAUGAGAUUGGUGUUCUUAGUGAGA